CGCGCACAAGAGUUUGGCGUGCUUCAGGCCGUCAAGCUUCACGUGCGAUCCCGCCACGCCUUCGCUGAGCCCUCCACGUCCCAAGAAUUGUCCACCGGUACCGACGACACUCUCCAACCGUCUUCGAGUCAGGCCGAGCCAGCACGGGCCCAGCUUUCGAACCCGCCUGCGGAGAAUGUUGACCCCUAUACUUCAGAGUUCCUCACCCUGUUCGGCGAGAUCAACGAUAAAUCGGACCCCACGAAGAUUCGUAUCGCCAUCCAGAAGCUCCAUGAUCCUUCCACGCCAUCUACUGUGCACGAUUGGAAUGCCGCGCUCAAGGCGCUCAUCCACUUACGCAAACCCGGUGAGCCCGCCACAGAUAUCAUCGAAACCUACAAUGCCCUUGUUGCCCGCGCCAUCGACCCAAGCGCGACGACGUUGAACAUGGUCAUCGAGGCCCUCUGUGACCGAGAUUACGAAGUUCAAAGAAUCGUCGAUACCCUCGAAUGGCGGAACAGAAAGCGUAUUAUGGCUGGGCUCGCAGAUGCUCCUGAGGUCCACGUCGAUACGCAGCACAUCUCUGACCUUCGGGCGGAGGCUAACUUCGUCUCCGCUAUUUCUCUCUUUGAGGCUUCUGCAACAAAGAGUGCGAUGCCCCUUCGUAUCUAUAGCGUUCUUCUUCGGGCGUGUGCACAUCACAAGGCAGUGGACUCGGCGAUCCGCGUUUUCUCGCACCUCGAGAACCGUCGAAAGGUCUUCCCUACCGCAUCGGUAUAUGACUACCUCAUCGCAGCCUAUACCUCCGUUGGAGACCUUGAAGGGGCAAAGGUGGUUUUCGAUGAGUUUAGGAACGUCUCUCGAAACAGGAAGAUUCACUGGCACUCGACAGAACAUGACGUCGCUCGGCAAGCCCACAUUGGCGUUUGGAACAGUAUGAUUGAUGCCUAUUUUCGUGCAAAUGACCCUUCCAGCGGGCUGGAAUUGUUGGAGCAGAUGUUGGACACACCCAAAGGAGUCGAAUUCGAGGUUCAGGAUGUCCCUACGCCCUCAUUGACGACAUACACCACCAUCAUCGAAGGGUUCUGCCGUCUUGGUGACAUGCAGACUGCCCUGUCAUGGUUCGAGCGUCUGCUCGAGCAGGACUCUGUAGCUGCGCACCCGUUCAAACCCACGGCGACCCCCCCUCGCCCCGACUCUCGUCUCUGGCAGAUCCUGAUCACUGCUCUCCUGGAGAAGGGGAUGAUCAAUGAUGCGAAUCGGUUAUUCGAAGUGUCUCAGUCUGUGGCUAAACGAGAUGGCCUCGUCUUUUGGUGGUGGGAUCGGGCGAUGAUGUUCCACGCCAACCUGCGCCACCUCGAAGAGAACACGCUCGAAGAUGCCGACGCCAUCAAGAUUCUUGAUUUCCUAUUCGAGACGGUCCUUGGGCGCAGGAGGCAUUGGGGCAGCAACUUACGCGAGCUUCAAGGCUCUUCAGGAAUGAAGCCACUCAUUUCCAGAUAUGCUAUACACGGGCGUCCAGACAAAUCUUUGGAGAUCAUUCAAACUAUCGCCGAAUUCGUGCGUACGCCAAACCCGAAAGACCAUCUGGUAGCGGACCAGCGUAGUCAUACGGAGAAAUUCCAGAAGGUGGUGGAAGUGUCAGAUGCGCUCCUACUGGACGAUAACAAAGUCCUCCGAGAACUUCCUCUCCCUCUGGUUUUGCGUCUCGCAUCUGUGUGGAAGUCCCGCGGGAUCGACCUCUCUGCAGCCAUAUCUGAAUCAUGUCUGCGUGCAUACGCUGUUGCUAAAGCCAGUGGCGAAUCCCUUGUGCUUUCCGUGGACGACUGGAAUACAAUUGCGUUCGCAUCUGGGGAGCCUAUAUCACAAGGAGAUGUUAGGGAGCACGUAUUCACAGUCCUCACGGACAUGGCACGCGAGGGUGUUGAUCCGAGUCAACUUUCCCCCCAGGUCAUGGACAACCUGAUUCACAUCAUAGUCGCCGAUAAUGAUCACCCACAAGUGCGUUCGUUCCUUGAAAGCUUAGGACCCGCCUUCGAGGCCCUCUUGACCAACUACACGGAACGCCUUGAAGCAACGCGGACUUUGCCUGCUCCUUUGCCGAUCCCAUCUCCCGUUCAAGGCGACGGUCACUCGACAGGUUCCAUUGAUGUCUACCACAGUCGCUUUGUCGACGAAUACCACCUGUACCCUGGAACUGCGACUCUAAGGGACGCGUUUGCCCGUUUCGAGUCUGGUCUUCAAAGCGGCAUGUUACCUACGCCGGCGACGUUGGCGCGGUUGAUAGAUGGCUUCGGUCGUCUGAAGGACAUGGGCAAGGUAUAUGCUCUCUACAACGCAGCGCAGCAUGCGCUCUCCCUUUUGGAUGCAGGCAGUGAACUCCAGACCUCCAGCUGGAUAGCCAUUGAGAACGCCAUGGUUGUCUCCCAUGGACACGCUGGUGAUGGCCCCCGUGCAGACAUGCAUCGCAUGCGCCUUAUCGAGCAUGGUGCCUCUCCCUCCGCUGACGCCUAUGGUGCGCUCAUUCAAAGUAUCAAGGAAACAACAGACGACACUGCGCGCGCCAUGGCCUACUUCGAAGAGUCUCAGAUGCGAGGCGUCGCGCCGAACAUCUUCCUUUAUAACACCACUAUCUCGAAGCUUGCCAAGGCUCGCAAGGCCGAUUAUGCGAUAGAGUUGUUCCAGAGGAUGAAGACCAUUGGCCUUCGCCCCUCAUCCAUCACUUAUGGCGCUAUCAUUGCUGCGUGUUGCCGUGUCGGAGAUAGCAUGUCGGCGGAGGCCCUUUUCGCAGAAAUGGUGGAGCAGCCGCAAUACAAGCCUCGCGUUCCGCCGUUCAACACGAUGAUGCAGUUCUAUGUCCAAACAAAGCCGAAUCUUCCUCGCUUCCUUCAUUAUUUGAAUGCGAUGCAGAAGGCUGGUAUCAGGCCCACAGCGCACACUUAUAAGCUCAUGAUUGAUGCUCAUGGCACUAUUGAGCCAGUCAACGUUCCGGCAAUGGAACAAACGUUCCAUGACCUUGUGGCCGAUAGAAAUGUCCCCGUGCAAGGUUCGCAUUGGGCUGCCCUCAUCAAUGCCUAUGGAUGCGUCGCAAAGGAUCUGCAAAAGGCGAUCGACGUUUUUGAGUCAAUCGCGACACAUCCCAGCACAGUGUCAUCUGGGAUCAAUCUUCCUGACGCCGUCGUGUACGAAUCGCUCAUCAACGUCUUCAUCACGCUUCGCCGCACAGAUCUCGUGGCUGAUUACAUCGUGCGCAUGCGGGGAAGCGGAGUGCACAUGACAGCAUAUGUCGCAAACUUGCUCAUCAGGAGCUAUGCGUCCGUCGGAGAUAUCGAGGGAGCUCGCCAGGUCUUCGAGGGUCUUUUGGAUCCUCCAGUAGGCGUAGCAGCGCCGAAUAACCAUGCGCCUCACCAAGCGCUCCCCUCACGCACAGUAUCCCCUGACGCACCCGUCUAUCGCGAACCAUCGACUUGGGAAGCAAUGGUCCGUGCUGAGUUAGGAAAUGGUAACCGAGAUCGUGCAGUCGCUCUCCUUGAACGUAUUCAGGCUAGGGGAUACCCUGAGUCAAUAUACAACCGCAUCAGUGGCAUCAUGCUCGACGACUCUGUCUCACCAUGGCCAUCA